UGGUCAGAGUUAAAGUGACAUCCAGCGUUUGGAGAGGAGGGCAUGGCAUGUGGGGUGAUAGGCUGUGGAUGUGAAUGAGGUUCUGUCCUCCGUGAUGGCGUCAGCUCUACCCAGAACCCUUGGGGAAUUGCAGCUAUAUCGAAUACUACAAAAAGCAAAUCUCUUAUUCUACUUUGAUGCCUUCAUUCAGCAGGGUGGUGAUGAUGUCCAGCAGCUCUGUGAAGCAGGUGAAGAGGAGUUUUUGGAGAUAAUGGCUCUUGUAGGCAUGGCUAGCAAGCCGCUUCAUGUCCGAAGGCUGCAGAAGGCUUUGAGGGACUGGGUCACAAACCCUGGUCUGUUUAACCAGCCUCUCACCUCCUUGCCCGUCAGCAGCAUUCCAAUAUAUAAGCUGCCAGAAGGGUCUCCUGCGUGGCUGGGGAUAUCCUGCAGCAGUUAUGAAAGGAACAGCAGCACCAGAGAGCCUCACCUGAAGAUUCCAAAAUGUGCUGCCACAACGUGUGUGCAAAGUGUGGGCGCAAGCAAAUCCGAUGUGGUGGGGAGCUUAUCGCUGCAGAGCGGCAGCGAACCGAGACUCUGGCAGGGACACCACACCACAGAGAGUGAACAUAGUCUUUCCCCGGCUGACCUUGGCUCUCCAGCUUCACCAAAGGAAAACAGCGAGACCCUGGAUGCCGCUGCUGCUCUGUCUGUUGCUGAGUGUGUAGAACGUAUGGUUCCCUCCCUGCCCAAAAGCGACUCCAAUGAAGUCAAGGAGUUACUGAAAACAAAUAAGAAACUGGCAAAGAUGAUUGGUCACAUCUUUGAGAUGAGUGACGAUGACCCUCACAAAGAGGAGGAGAUCAGAAAGUACAGUGCAAUAUAUGGCAGAUUUGACUCAAAAAGAAAGGAUGGCAAACAUCUCACCCUCCACGAGCUCACAGUUAAUGAAGCAGCCGCUCAGCUGUGUGUAAAAGAUGAUGGUUAUCCUGAUUUCCAGGACACAGUCCAGACACUCUAUCAGCAAGACAAAAUGCCACUUGCUUUGGCUAAAGGAAAGAGCGAAGACCCAACAGCUCUUAAUUCCCAGUCGGAAAAGGUGAUGGCAAAACAGAUGGAGUUUCUUUGCAACCAGGCAGCGUUAGAGAGACGUCUUUCCACAGGGUGUUACAGACAGAACUCGGAAGAGCACAGCCCCAAUGGCAUGUCAUUAGAUAAUGCUGAUGGACAAGGUGAAAGGCCGCUGAACCUCCGGAUGUCCAGUCUGCCAAGCAGACAGAUGCAGCACAUUUCACUUGAUGGAGAGCAGCAUGUUGGAAAACCUUUGUGCAGUGAUUUGAUCCGGCUUUAUCCCGGUGGUGAGGCGAAGUCCCAGUCCUCAGAAGGCCUUGGUAUUUUAAAGGAUUUUCCUCAUUCGGCUUUUAACAACAUAGAAAGGAAGGUCAUAAAAACAGAACCUGAAGACACAAGAUAGUCAUUCUGCUCUGGAAAACAGUGUCGUAGUAAAGAAUGAAACUUCACAAGAGAAAAAAAAACAGCCUUAAUAACCAGUGUUGCCUCAUUCAAAUAAGAGAUUUCAAUAGCCAAAGCCUAAGAACUGGUACAGUAAUCUAUGGAAACAGGAAAGCAAGAGACACUGCAAACUCAAACAGUAAUACAGGUGGAUAAACAUUCCUGUAAAAGUGGUUUUAUAACGUGGGAAGAUUCACAAAUUAAUAUUGUGGGUCUUCAUUAUUUAAGAAUGUAUUAUGUAUUUGUAUAACUUAUCAAAGUAAAUCUAGAUGUCGGGACGUGUAUUGAGUCCAGUAGAUGUGGCUACAGUUCAUUUUACUUGAAAUUUCAAUGUCUACUUUCAGUGUACCUAGCGUAGAUAUGGUUGUUAAACAUUUGAAUUUAAAAUCAUUGGAAAAUUAGGAAUGCAAACCUCGUGACACAAUUAACAGCAAGUUUUCAACAAUAUUUAUAGAAAAAGGAAAAUGCAUAAAAUAUUUCAUGGUUAAAAAUGUUAUGUGGAUAUAGCAUUUGAUAGACCUAGACCCUGAUUCUGUAUCAUAGCAGACAUACUUGACACUUAACUAUCGCUACAUCACUUUCAAUGGUUUCAGCAGCCUUUGUGUAACACUUCUAUAGCAUAAUACCUACCUACAAGUCAGGAGUAUAGGAAAUGCCAGUUAAAGUAUGGAAGAGUCCAUAUGAUUGGCUCCCAUUUCCUUGGGAAAAACUGGGGUUUGAUAAACCGUACAAUUACUGAAAUCUCAUUUGGUAGGAAACUCAAGAGACCAAGUAGCAUGGACAGGGCUGCAAAAAUUGUGAUUCAAACCAUUAUAACUUCUUGGACUUCUCUGUGAAUCUUAAAAAAAAAAAAAAAAGCAUCCUAAGUGUGGCAAAGAUGACAUACGAUGCAGGAUUUAUGCAUCAGUAUAAAAGGUUGCACUUGAUAUCCAGAAACCAUAAGAUUUUUUGGGGAAGAGAGACAAGGAGUCAUGUGUUUAGCAUGUGACUCCUUAUUAAGUGCUGUCCAGCCCACAUGAUUCUAUGAAUAUACCGUAUACUGCAUACAGUAUGCCAAUACGUUUCUUUAUAUAUGUGGUUAAUUAACAUCUGUAUUCUUUAUUUAUUUGACAGUUUUUAUUUUUUGUACAUGUUCACUUUUGAAGAUGUCAUUUUAUCUAAGGAGAAGUAAGUUGGCAUAUAACUCUGGAAUUUACCAUGGUGUGUUUGUGUGCAUCCAUUUCUCCACUGUGCUGCUCUGCAGUCAAGAUAGUUGUAUGCCUCAGUUUCCAAAUACAGGUUUUGCUUAUGAUGUGUUCUGGAGGUGAAAGGGAUAGCUGAAGAAAGUUAGAAUGCCAGUGGGUAAACUUCCCUGUUCAAGUAUGCACUUCAUGUCUGCAGUUUGCUCUGUGUCAUAGGUGUGUAUUAACAAAUCAGUCACAGUCUCUGUUGUUCUGAAACGCUCAGCAAAAUGUGAGCUGAAAUGUCUACACUGCAGUCUCUUAUCACUGUAAACAUACCUAAUUAUUUUAUCACUUGAUUUGUGGAACAAAGCUUUAUAGUAGAAACACCAGUAAAACAACUUUUUAUACUAUUAAAAUGUUUGUUUUUUUAAAAAAAAAUGUUUCUUGAACUGUAUGGUACUGUUUCACUUACUGAAGUAUCUUAAAGCAAUGGAGUUCACAGCUUUGCUGUUAGGAAUAAGAGAUUGAAUGUGUAGUUAUAUUUCCUCUUUCCUGUUGUGUGAGCUAGUAGUACGGAUGUUUCUUAAGUUUGUAACAUUAACCAGUGCCCUGGUUAGUAUCUGAGUAGCUUUCAUGAGACGUGUAUGGAACUUGUUAAAGGACAGCUUAUGGUUUGAACUGUACAGCUUGAGCAAUAGAAGGUACCAAGCGACAAACCUUUAGAGAUGCAGGAAACAUUCGGUUUUCUCCAACAUCUAACACCAUCAAAUGUUAUGUGUGGAUCACAGAAGAAGCUCUUAAGCUUGCUGGUCUCUUCAAUUAAAGCAAGAGGAAGGAAGAAGAACUUGCUAAGCAGCACGCUGUUUCAGUUGAGUCCAGAUUUUAUUUUGUAAACACUAAUGUAUUAAAUUUGCUAUAAAUUAAAGUAUAUAACAGUUA